UAGCCUCAUUUUUCGUAGCUUCGAACCAGAACUCGCUAGCUCAAUUAUUAUUGCAGUUAUAAACACACUAAUUUGCCGAUAUACUUAAUUUUGUUGCAAUCUUUUCAACAAUAUUUAGAAAUAAACAGCUUUUUUGUUUUUGAUUUAAUUGUGAAUUUGAAUUCAUUUUGAAUUGAUUUAUCCCUUUGAACUGUUUGAAAUCAUGUGUGCCUCACCCAUGGCCAGCAGUGCCACAAAGGCCGCUCCCUUGGUGACAAUAGCGAAUGCCUUCACCAAACCUCACUGGAUCCCAAAGUUCAUCAAACCCUCCUCAGUCGGGGUGAAAAAGGAGGAAUACUCCAUAGAUUGUACCAGGUACCAGAAAAACCUGGGUCGAAAUGACGAGUUAAAGAGAAGAGUGAGAGAUUUGUACCAGAGAAUUGGACUUGUGUACUUGCAGAACACUGGAACUAGAAACGCGGAGGAGCUGCAGAGACCCUUCGAGGGUAUUUUGGGAGGAGGAGGAGUCUACACUGGAGGGGCUAAUCCGAGGUCACCGGUGGAGGGAAAUGUCUACGACACUGGAGUGUCCAUGUCUUCGUUUGUUCACUACCACCACGAGAUGGCCUAUGUUGACACGACAGUGAGGAAUGUGUUCUUCACCUGCAGCGACCUCACUCCGGGAGUGGAUGGGUCCUCCUACGUGUCAGACAACGUCCGAGUCACCGACAACAUCGCCAGGACUCCCCUGGGCAUGAAGCUGAAGGACCUGGGAGUGUGCUACAUCAGGAAACUGACUGACAGGGAACACUACCUCCAUAUUCCACAGGUGGGUGUGUACAACCACUGGCAGAAGUCAUUCUUGACUGGGGACAUGAAAGAGGCGGAGCGGCGAGCGAGAGAGAGGGGUCUGGAGGUGGAGUGGGGACAGAACAGGGAGAUGAUCACGAAGUACUACGCCCCCUCCUACGAGUACUGUCCAGACAUAGAUAGGAAUCUGCUCUACGCCUCACUCGCCGAUCACUCUAUCUGGUUCGACACUUGGCCACUAGUCGAACAUCUUCCUCAGGAGGAUCGUCCGCUGAAGAUGACAUUUGGGGACGACAGUGAGUUCUCGGAGGAGGAAGUGGCCCAGUUCGUGGGCAUCUACGACGACCACGGCAUCCAACUCAACUGGAGUCCUGGAGAAGCCGCCAUCGUAUGCAACUACCGAUUUCUGCAUGGAAGACCUGUGAUCCACCUGAAUGCUGGAGAGGUGCGCACCCUCGGAGUCGUGCUGGGAGAGUUCUUCAAACGCGUGGGUGCACUUCCCGGAAAAUGGUGAACCCAAUACUGUGCAGAAAACUCCAAUGUUAUUUCUCUGCAGCGCACCCAAACACUAUAGCGCUUGCUUCAGAGCUUUCAUCUGUCAGAUCAAUUGGAUUUCAAUGAAGGGAAAAAAAUCGAAACACUUAUAUAAAGGAGCGGCGUUCGACGCCUUUGUCAGUUUGAACAAUAGAUUAGUAUAGAGUUAGAUUACCGAAGUAGAUAAACUUGAUUGACCUUCGAUGACAGACAUAUUUGAUCAUAAAUCAGUUCACUGUGUUAACUAUUUAGAGUAGUUGUACUUAAUUUAAUCCUUUCUCGCA